AUGAGUGUAUGGUGGUGGCAGAAGGCAAUUACACAGCCAGCUCUCCUCCAGGCGCUGCUGUUCUUAACAGCGGGCCACCAGGCGACAUUAGAGUCGAGCAACGGUGUCUCAUCUCUGGUCAUCAAGAAAUCCAUGCGAGAUUCGCUUCAUCUCCGCGGCGAUACACUCAAGAUGUUGAAUAAUAUAAUGCAAGAUCCUCUCACAGCAGUAGCUGAGUCUACAACACUGGUUGUUGCUUCACUUGUCGCGAUUGAGGCCGUCGAUGCAAAUAUAGAGGCUCAUGACGCACAUAUGAAAGGACUCCAGAGGCUUGUCCAAUUGAUGGGCGGAUUGGAUAAUCUGGACCACAUGACCCAGUCAAAAAUUUACCACGACGUAAAAAGUGCUGCUCUCUAUAAUACCCGACCAAUAUUCCCUAUUUCUACCCGCUGGCGCAGCGAAAUCAUCCAAGACUUCCGACUCCUCCUUACGCGGGAUGAGAUUGAUACGCCCAAAGACCUUGCUUCCCUAGGCGUCACCAUUUUCUCUUCCUCCUGGUAUACAACGCUUGACCGUACUCUAAAAAUCUUCUUCCAGGUUAUCCAGCGCUUGAUUAUCUACUACGAACAUGCACAGCGCAACCCGGCUUCUGUAAUGCCUACAGAUAACGAUCUUUUUCUUGUUGCCGAGCACCAAAUCCUCUCCGCAUGCUUCGAGACUACAGACCCAACCGAUAUCAAUGAGCCUCUCCGCCUGACUUUAGUCAUCUACCUUAACCUACGGGUGUGGCACUUCCAGUCUUUCCCGUUCAUGCAAUAUGUCGUGGAAUCACUCCGUCAAAGUCUUGAAGUUCCAUACCAACAUCUCCAAAACGAAACGCCAGAGCUACUAUUCUGGAUUCUUGUCCUUGGUGGCCUUGCGUCGCAGGGGUACAAGUGCCAUCGGUGGUACCUCACCAGGCUGAUUGAGAUGACGGAGCGGUUGGGGUUGAGCGAGUGGCAGGCGGCGAGGGCGGUUCUGGGCCGUUAUUUCUAUACCGACCAACCUAGCGAGAAGAGGGCAGAAGAGGAUCUUUGGAAUGAGGUGCAUUUAAAGGGAACCUGUAAGUUGUUACUGGAAGGGCAACGGUCGGGUGCUUUGGGCCACUGA